AUGCCGGGAUUAAUCCAAUUGAUUAAUGCCCUAAAUGCGUACAUUCGAUUGGCGUGGGCGGUGGUGUGGUUCACCAUGUGGGGAAUCUUUUUAUACGAGUUCUAUUUGAUUGUGAGCAAGUUUUUGAGCUACCCGACCGCGGUGAGAAUUUCGUUGGGAUAUAAAGGACGGGUAAGUUAGAUUAUGAUAAAACAAGGCAAACAAUUGAAUGUCUCGAAUUUUCAGGCAUUUCCAAUGGUCACAAUAUGCAACCAAAACCCUCUAAAAUACAGCAUUGUCAAGGAAAACAAGACCUAUUCUCAAGUGAAUGACGUCAUUGAAAUCCUAAAACGUUUGGCGGUAAAUGAUUAUCAGGAUUUGGACGACAACCCCCUCAAUAUUAACGUGAGAAAUUUUCGUUUUUUACUAAUAAAAUUACCAAUUUUUCUGCAGAAUAUUACCGGUAAAUUCGGCAAGACAACAUAUCUUCAGCAAGCUGCAACUCUGGCUAUAAAUCAGUUAACGGAUGAGCAACGAAGAUAUGCCGGUUUUAGCUUGGAUGACUUUGUGUUGGCGUGGUAUUUUAAUAAUCGAAAAGUUGACUCCUCUUUCUUUAACGAGUUUAUCGACCCUUCUUACGGCCUGUGUUAUCAGUUCAACUCGAAUCAAUCGCUGAAAACACUGUAUACGCAACGAGCCGGAAGUUAUUUUGGGCUGAGAGCGUUGGUAUUGGUCAAUGUAAGUUUGUCAUAUGAAAAUACGUAAAGUAAUAGCUUUAUGUAUAUAUGCAAUUAUUGGAGAUUUUUCAGCAAAGAUCUCCAGAUGGGACACUACAAUAUUUGCCGACGACAGAUCGGGCAGGACUGAAAAUUGGGCUGAAUUAUCAGAAUCAGGACCCGGCUAUGGAGAAUUACGCGGUCAAUGUUCCGGUGGGAACGGAGGCAAUGGUGUCGCUGGAAUUGGUAGGCUAAAUUGAGUUCAUAGAGAGGGCUGACACAGAUUUUUUUAAUUGAAAAGUCAUACGCUCUCCGUUUAUUCCAUAUUUUUUAAAACUAGUAGUUAAAAAGGUUAAUUUUUCAACUCAAACUUUGAAGGUCAUUUCCAGACCGAAAUCAACCGCGCUGUAGCGCCCUACGGAGACUGCGUUGACGAUGACACUUUGAACUACUACACUGGCUACAACUACACUCUAACUUAUUGUUUCCGCUCAUGCGUGCAAAAGCGAAAUAUCGAAGCUUGUGGCUGUGCCAACCCGUUGUACGCAAGGCCCUCAAAUUCAACGCUUUGCGGUCUACAAGAGCUGGAAUGCGUGUAUAACACGAGAAAAUUGCAAAUUAACGAUGGCAAUUUUAGCGUUGCAGCCGAUUGCGGGUGCAAUCCAUCGUGUGGUGAUACUGUUUUCGAUGUGAUAAUGUCUGUUGGGAGGUCGCCAAUGAGUAAUUUCGCUGUUCUAAGCGAUAUGAAUCAGGUGAGGAACAGUUUUUAAAAAGUUUUUAGGUCUCCUUGGCUGGUAUAAGAUAAAAAUGUCAUCGUUUUUUGAAACCAUCAUUAAAAUUUGCAAAACGCGCAGAUCUUUUUCAAACUUUGCAUAGGUCAUUGAUCAUAACGACUUAUCGAUUUCUCAAAAUUUUACCUCACGGUUUGCAGAUCCGCCCGAGAUAUUCACCGAUCUUUGUACCGAGAGAGCGUGGAAAAUGGGGAGAAACGGCCAGAGAAACUAGUAUUUUUGGCCUGUCCUUUGCAGAUUUUUCACAUUGAAUUACAUUUCCUAUCGACACGGUAUACUUAUCAUCAUAAAGAACCCAUUUUUUUGCCUCUCCUGCUCUCCACAUUUUGCAUACUCACUCGUUGAUAAAGAUUGUUGAAUAUCUCGGACGUCAAGGCAAGGCGCGAGCUAAAACUUUCAGGCAUUGAUAUGUGAAUGAGAACGAACAAAUGUGUAAAUGAAAAUAAUGACAAUCAUAGACUUUUUAUAAUUUUCUCAUCUCCUCUACCUAUUACAAUAUAAAAAAUUGAAAAAAAUGAAGUCUUGAAUCACCCCUUUUCCAGGCCUAUUCCUGCUCAACGUCCACCAUGUUUGCCUCCACAAAAGAAUGCAUCGCCUGGUUUCAAAAGAACUCCGCCGUGAUUAAUAUUUGGUACGAUGGACUGGACUACUCUCAGCAGUUUGAAGAGAGCUCGUACUCGAUUAGUACGGCUUCGAAUGACCUGGGAGGUCAAGCCGGCCUCUGGGUGGGGAUUUCAUUGAUCAGUGUGACAGAAAUCGUGGUGUUUGUAAUCUUUAUGGUGGUAUACUUAUGUCAUGGACGGAAACUGACUGAUCAUGACAUUACGGAUGUGAUUAGAGAGAAGGAAAGGAGAUUUCAGGUGAGAAAAUUUGAGGGAAAUUUGAAAAAAAUGUAUCCUCAAAACUUCAAAUUUUUUCAAAAAAUAAUUUGUUACAGACGUUUGAUUUUUGGCCCCUUCUUUAUAAAAAAAAACUGUACUCUGUUUGUCUAGGUCCUGCGCCGUCUGAAGGAAGAGCUGGAUACGCAGGAACUAAUGGAUGACGAGAUCGGGGUCCGUUUCCGUGCAUUCAAAAUGCGUGACGAACUGCAGCGUCUGGCGAGGAUAAAGGAAGGCCAAGAGUUGAACGAGAAGGCUGUUCAAAGGGCCAAACAAAAGCAACACCAAAAAUCAAACGAACACUCAACAUCCAAGGAGUUGCAGACUUGCUAA